AUGGAUGAUCCCACCAACGAGUACCAACACGAGGAAUGGAUCGAACAGGGACUUCUGGCUUGUGGACGCAAGUACUUUGCAAUUCUGCUCCUCUCAGUCCCUGUGCAUACUCGUGCUCAAGGACACCAGCAGCAUUCACUACAAAUUUUUACCAAGCAGGCAACCAUCGAUUUGGAGUCACAAAAGCAGAUUCACGCUCAUAUUCAAAAGCAUUCCGCCAGCUCGAGAGAGAUAAAUGCCUCUGUCCCGAGCGGUGACAGGGCAGCAACAUUCCCGUUGGAGCAAUUCGAUGAAGAGGUCAACGUGAGCGCUAGUGGAGGUGCUGUUGCGUCCACGCCAGUGGAAGUGGGCAAGGCAAGGGAAACCGUCAGAGGACUCCACAGUGAACUGGACAAGGAAACAGCUGCAGAUAAAAUUGACGUCAACGACUCCUACAAAUACAACGAACACGGAUUUAUGAAGGUGCCUGGUGGGAAAUCAGAUCAAAGGGAUAGCACCCAGCAGUUCCCCCGGUCUCUAUCGAGCCUGCACGGGCUCGCCGUCAGCGAAGGCGGAAACGUGCUGGAUAACGACGGGCGUGCUGUCGGUAAAGUUGUCGAGGGCGACCCUAACGAUUUGGUCGGGCAGAUUGUGAACGGCUAUGGGGAGAUUCUGGACGAGGAUGGGGAUCUUAUUGGCUGUGUCGAUCCUUUGAAUGAGGGUGCUGCGAGCGAGGGAGGUAGAGACUAUAGAGUCUGGGGCGAUGAUCCCAGUGUUUAUGCCCUAGGAAGGGAGGAGGCUUCUCUACAUAUAGACAUGAAGAAGCACUAUCCAACCCCGGUGAUAGUAGCAGAGACCCGUGAGGCGUCCGAGAAAGAGAUGGAGGCGGAUGUAGAGCUUCCCCUUCCAGCGUCGACUGAAAACCUCAUUCAAGCUGGCCAGGAAGGUAUAGACGCCGACGACCGGCUCCCUGAUAUCUCCUCCCUCGACGGCCUGACCUGCAACACCCUUGGCGGGAUCGUCACUUCGAAUGGCAUUACCGUCGGGGAACUGAUCGAUGGCGAUGCCAUGAGAAUCUGUAUCGAUGAUCUCUACCUCGACAACCAAGGCCAGUUCAAGGACGGCAGGGGGAUCGUCAUUGGCAGGGCUAGGCCAUUGCCGAGCAGCCAGGGUCAGGUGCGGAGUGACGCCAGCGUAUUAGAAGAGGCGAUGCCAGAACCCAUCUUAGAUAACGAAGAGUCGGGCACUCACGGUGCCGGCUCUGGAGAACUCGACGAUUUCUUCGUGGGUAAUGACGGGGUGGUAUAUGAUUCUUCCGGCCGGGCUGCUGAGAGGUUGGCCGGCAGAGACCGCGACAAGCGCGACGGGCUCGCAUCUCGUCCAUUGAAUGUGGGUUCAACGACAGAGAAAGACGAUAUACUAGGAAGGACAGAUUCUGAGGAACUAUCACUGCCUCGGAACGAUGAGACUGGCUGGUUCAGCUUUGACAUCGAGAUUAGAGAUUCUGAGCCAGAGCCCGAGCCAGACCCUCGCGCAAAACAUGCACGGUUCGAUAUGCAGAAUCUGACCCAUAUCAUUGUCGAUGACAACGGCUAUGUCGUCAAUAACGGACAUUUGGUGGACAAGAUGUGUGCCAUUGUCCGGCAGACAGAGGAUGAUGUGGACCCUUUGUGUAGGCAAAUCACUCUAGACAUUGAAGAAGCCAACCUCAAACCAAAAAAUCGUCUCGCAGCAGAGCGCCUCGUCGAGGAUAUCAGAGCCCUAAUAACCACAGCCGGGAAUAUCCUGCAAGAUUGCAACAAUACCCUCCGCUCUCUCAACCCAGAGGGUCAGAUUGUGUCGACAAUGAAAUCCAACAGUCAACCCUACACCGUCCCCGACGCCAUGAAGAGCGAGUACCGACUCGCCAGCCUCCUCAAAGACCUCGCCCGGACUGUGAUUGACACCAUCACCACUGGCCGACACCGGCUGUCCGAAAUGUCGAAGGAAAUGCCCUAUGCCGGUCGGAAGAUCAAUCCGCUAUGGACACUUCUCUCAAACCGGCUCUUCGACAUCAUCGCUACUGUGGGCCUGCUGCAUGCUGGUGUUCUUGGAAUGCUUAGUAGUCUGCUCAAUGGGCCAUGGCUGGCAAAGGUCCUUCGGCGCUUGUUGGUAGCGAUUGGGCUUGACAGCGUUCUUGGCCGGCUGGGUGCUGAAGGGCUGCUUGCGGCUCUGUUAGAUGGCGAGGCGUGGGUCUACAGACUUCUUGAAGAGAUGAGUGCAAAUGUUGGGGACUUGCUGAAGGCGUUCUUGAAUCUGUUUGGACUGCAUGGGGUGCUGGAGUGGAUGAGAGUGGGAAUGGUUAGUGAGGCGUUGGAGCUAGAAAGAUAG